UAGCCUUCCUAGCACUGCCAGUAGGACUGGUGUCAUCAGCACAGCAGCUGUACUUUAGCCGGACUUCCCAGGACCUUGUCUCAAUGCCAACCGCCCAGAGCAGCCACCCCUCCGUCCCCACCUCUUCCUACCUGGACUGGCACCAGGAAGGCUCCAACAGCGGGGAGUGGUCCUCCAAAGGAGGUGCUCAGCCUGCAGAAAACCACCUCCCCACUGUGAUACUCCCCUCCCCGGGAUUGUUUCAUGUCACACACACACCCCACACCACUGGUUUGGCUUUUAAACACCCUCUCAUACAUGAUACAAGUGCUGUUAGUCCAAACACUGUGAGCUCUGCUGGAAUUAAACCAGAUCAAGGGACUCCUAGCCCUGUGAUUCGACCCCUGGAGCUGAGCUCUGGUGUUGCCGAUCAGGGUCGCACAUCCAAAUUGGUCAAGGUAAUUCAAGCCCAUAACCCAGAUACUGUCAGCACUAAGCAGGCCAGUGAUGGCCCGAGAUUUCCCAGCCCUGCUGUCCCACAUAGUGAGACAAAAACUGCUGCAAGAGGAACUCCUGUGUCCAGCUCUGCCUCUGAAAGAGGAGAUACACAGGAACAAGAACGAGCUGACUCCCUGGACCUCCCACAACACGUUGAGCCCUGGAGGCUGAGCAUAGAGCAACCCACCAGCCCAGGCCAGCAGUAUGUAACUGAGCUGCGGCCUUCCUCCUUUACUUCCUCCUCUUCCUCAGUGGACAUUGAACCUGCAUCAGGCCUGGCACUUAGGGAGUUUGCCCAAGGCAACUCCAGGCUGGCCAAGCCCCACACCAUCACCCUGAGGGAGGUGCAUGGUGACAUCAACGAACCUCCCACCAUGCCGUUAGUGGCAGAGCUGGAAGGCUCUGUCCCUCCUAUAGCCACCCCACCCGAAAACACCACUUUACCUGCCCCAACCCUUCCAUCCACCCCUGCCCUUGCCCACAAGCCCACCGAUAAGACGGUACCCGAUCCAACUGCCAUGCCAACCAACCACACUGUAACCAACAUCUCCACUGAUGGGGAAGGUCACGGUAGGGAUAUCCCUGCCCCGUCACCUCCACCCGAGGGUAAUGGCACAGAUGGUGCCUUGAGGAACGUUACUGUAGAUGAGGGGAUCAUCUUUAAUGGCAGCUCUCCCGAGCUGCCUCCGUCACAGGGGAACAGUUCACCCCCCUUGGAGCCCCCAUCCACAGCCAACGGGAACUUCCUGAACAGGUUGGUUCCCACCACCCCCAGAGACCCCAGGGUCCUUGGUAACAGCUCCGGUCCCACCCUGAACUCCCCGCUGUCCCGCACCACCAUCUGUUUCAGCAGGAUGGACAUUGUAUGGAUCGUGCUGGCCAUCAGUGUGCCCGUGUCCUCAUGCUCUGUGCUGCUGACCGUGUGCUGUAUGAGGAGAAAGAAGAAGUCGUCAAGCCAAGAGAACAACCUGAGCUACUGGAACAAUGCCAUCACCAUGGACUACUUCAGCAGGCAUGCUGUGGAGCUGCCCAGAGAGAUACACACUCUGGAGAGUGAGGAGCAUGACACCUGUCUACCCCCUAAUGGAGACUACAGCAGCAGCAGUGUGGUCCUGGUCAACCCUUUCUGCCAAGAAACCCUCUUCAUCAACAGAGACAAGGCCUCUGACAUCUAGGGAGAGAGGAAGACCCUGGUGACAUCACCAGUACCAGACUGUCAAAAUAAAAGUUGCUCUGAAAUAGCUGUCUCCCUCAAUAGCUUUCUAUCUCACCCCCCUCCCCACCCCCCGGCUGUCGUCGUCUAUUUUAUAUAUGUGAUAAAAUAUCCAGAGACUCAACUUUAUAUUGUGUAUGAGAAACACGAAGACCAGAAUGAAAGAAAGAGUGAUGUAAACAGACACUAUUUACAAUGAGGAUGCACCUGCAUAUUUUUCUGAUGUACAUUUUCUAUAAAAGCUUAAUUGUGAUAAAGGUUUUUAUGUCUUUAUAAAGAUACAGAGUAUAUGUGGGUUUUGUUUCGUUGCAGUGGCUUGAUGACGAGUGCACUGUGGAUGUCGCCUCUCGAACCCUGGCUUUUCUGAGAGAAAUGUGCUGUACAAACAUUUCAGUUUCUCUUGUCUCGUUUGUUAGUUUUCUUGAGUCAAACCCAAAAUCCUUAGCCUGUUGAACUUGAAUUCUGCACCUGUACCUAACUGUUGGAGGGUGGGAUUAUGGGUUGGAGAUAAAGGAAUAUGGAAGGUUUUUUUUUUUUUUACAAGCAAAAUGAGACCCCAUUAACACCUGGUUGUUAUCAUGCAAUCUAUAUCUUAUUAUCUGGGUAAUGAACAGCCUGAUCAUGCCCUUUGCAUUUACAUCUGGUAUUCAUGUGUUUCCUGUAUCUACUUUGUGUCUGCGUUUGCAAGCAAAUCCCAUAUUUUGCACGCACUGGGCAACGAAAACCAGCAGGCGGGAGAGUGGAAAAGCUGUCAUACAGCACUAAUUAAAACAAAAAACAGAAACAUCCAAGGGCAUUUGGGUGGCGUGGCAGUCUAUUCCGCUGCCUACCAACACGUGGAUCGCCGGUUCGAAUCCCAGCGUUACCUCCGGCCUGUCGUGCGGUUGGGAAGCUGGGUGUGGCUAUGUGUCCUGGUCGCUGCACUAGCGCCUCCUCUGGUCGGUCGGGGGCGCCUGUUCAGGGAAGGGAGGGGGAACUGGGGAGAAUAGCGUGAUGAUCCUCCCACGCGCUACGUCCCCCUGGUGAAACUCCUCGCUGUCAGGUGAAAAGAAGCGGCUGGUGACUCCACAUGUAUCGGAGGAGGCCUGUGGUAGUCUGCAGUCCUCCCCGGAUCGGCAGCCGUCCCGGAGCAGUGACCGGGACGGCUUGGGAGGGUGGGGUAAUGGGCCGGAUGCAAUUGGGGGGGGGUUAAAAAAAUCCAGAACGUUCACCAAAUGGUCAUUUUAACAGCUCGUUGGCACGAAAAACUACAAGUCAUUCGCUACAAUUGUGUUCGCAAGUGCGGUGACUGUUGCAUUAGCGACUUGUCUACUCUGACGGCAGUGGUGCGUGCCAUGAUUUGAUGAGUAAAUGACAGGCUGAGGGAAGACCCUCAAUGCAUUCAGCUGCUGGCUGUGGGGAUGACUCUCCCAGCCCCUGGGUGUCACUGAUGCGAGCGCUUGCUGUGUAUAGUAUUUGCACCUAGCAUCAAUACGUAUUUCUCUCUCAUCCGGGCCAGGGCGGCACAUCAAUACCAGGUGUAAAUGGGGCCUGAACGGCAUCAAGAUUUUAGCAGAAAGGAAACGGCUGUGUUACUAUGAACCUUCGUUGCUGAUUUGGGGUCAGCGGUCAGCAGAGGAAUAGUUUCAGGGAGUAACGCAUCUUUUGUCAAAAUUGAAGAGGACCCCCUCCCCCCCUUAUGUGUCACCAGCUUCUCUGAAGACAGACCACGUAGAUGUUUCAAUUCCAUAUAUCAAGAUGUUGUGGCUCUUAAUAUAACAGUGCAUGUGCACGAGUGGUCUGUUUCUGCACGUGUGUGUGCGUGCGUGCGUGUGUGCGUGCGUGUGCGUUCAAGUGUGUGGGGAAAAUUGAAAUACUGUACGUUGUAUGUUAACGUGCGUUGCCUCAUAACCAGAUAAUUGUUACUAAAGACAAAAUACAAUAUGUUGUAUUACGUUUGAUUCCGCUUCACCUGCUUCUAGCGCUGUAUGUUUGUGUGCGUGUGUGCGUGCUUGUUCGUCUUUCUCUUGGUCUCUGUAAUGUGGAGUGGAUACUGGCUGCAGCUCAGUUUGUGCUUUCGGUUCCUGAGCCCUGCAGGAAACAAUCAGACCAAUAACCCUUCAAUCUCUCCUUGCACGAGUGCAUUUUUUUUCUUUAUGAAUUCGAGUUUAGUUGAAGAAACUGAGUGAUUUUAAUUUAAUUGCUGGACCUGGCAAAUGUAAGACGCCAUCGCCAUCUUGACCACUGGAAAUACCGAGAUCAACAAAGUAUGCUGAACAUUUAGCCGACUAUGAGCACAUAUGGAGUCAGUUUCAUGAGAGAAAUACAUUUUAAUAUUUUUUUCAGUUAUUCUGUGGUCUCUUUUUUUUUGUAUCGUGGUUUCAUUUCAUUACAUUGCAGUUUUAUUCAGUAACCAAUGCUGCCUGCCUGCCUCUGUCAUAUCUUUAAAAGAAAUGUCUGCGUUGUAAGACGAUGUUCUUCAUCGGUUCGGAGGGGGACGUUGAAAAGUUGUUUUGUUCACCAUAUUGACGCGUACUGUGAUUGAUGCCCACAGGCUCAACUUAGACACUUCACCAAGAGUUCAAUUAGAGGGUGGAGCAGAGUUCAGCAUUAUGUAUUUUUUGUACCGUAGCAUACACUGUACUUUUUACUGCUGAGCAAUAAAAUAGA